AUAUUCUAUAUCUGUGACUCGUAUACGUACACAUACGAUAGUCGGUCGAGAAGAGUUUUCCGCGCGCUUCAAUGCGUUUGUUCAAUUUUAAAAGAUAACGUUCCGUAUUUUCUGAGUCCUUAUACGUGGGAUUUAGACCUGCGUGUUUACCUACAUUCUUCCACGUGUAAAUAGACUGGCAAGUCAACCCUAAAAUCUCAGUGUUCGCUCUACGAUAAACUCGAGUCAUUCUGUUUCCCGAUACCACAGCAUACGCCAUACCUAGUUCAUCAUGGAAAACAUCAUGGAAAACAACGUAGAAGAGCAGGAGAUAUGGAGGCCGGAAAAUGAUAAGAGACUCUAUCAAGGAUUAAGGCUCGCCAAUGAAAUGAAUGUGGUUCUAAUACACGAUCCAGAGGUCGAGAUUGCAGCCGCAGCGUUGAAUAUCAAUAUCGGUUCUGCGAUCGAGAUCAAGAUGGGUCAUCCAGCAGGAUUGGCGCGCCUGUUUCAGCGUAUACUCUAUCUGUCAGACAGACAACCGCAACCGAAAUCUUUCAAUAACUUCGUGAAAAGACACAAUGGCGAGGUCGACGCCGAAACGCGGACAAGUUGCGCCGAUUAUUACUUCAAUAUAAAUUCGAGCCACUUGAAAGACGCUUUGGGUUAUUUCGCUAAAUUUUUUUGUGAACAAGCACCUUCUUGCAGCCACCUCACAAUUGAAAGCGAAUAUAAUGUUAUACUCAAGAUCGAAGAAACGAAUAAAUUACACGAUGAGUGGAAGUUGCCUAAAUUUAUUAAGUACAUAAGAUUUAACCAUGAGAGUAAAGCGAGCGACAAGUGGCGUGAAUACGAGCCAGAAAAGUCGUUGACAGAGGAACCUGCGAUUGACACAAAGAUGUUGGAAAAGUUUUAUAAAGAUUAUUAUUAUUCUGAGGACAUGACUCUGUGCGUCCUUGGCAAAGAGAGCUUAGAUGAACUCAAAGAGAUGGUAGUGGAAUUCUUCAGUCCAGUGAGGGAACGGACCAUACCUGAUUCGGAAAUUUUCCCACAAGUAACAAUGGCUCCACCAUCGUUUGUGCAUAAAAUAUAUUACGUUCCAAACAAAGAUUGUAAUCAGCUACACUUGGUAGCCCAUCCCGUAUACUAUAAUACAAGAAUACCCAAUGUGCCCGAUAUUUUCGCCUAUUUGUUAAAAUAUAACGGAGAAAAAUCAUUAUUAUCGGUUUUGAAAGCCAAAGGCUGGGCCACUUCUAUUGGGGCUGGACUACUCACCGAAAUACAUCGCGUCUUCCUUGUCACUAUCGAUCUAACUGAGAAAGGUCUCGAUCACGUCGACGAAGUUGUGACAUUGUUCUUUGAAUACGUUCAUAUGCUAAGAAAGGAAAAUAACGACUACAAACGAAUUGUCAACGAAUAUAAGAAGAUACAGGAGCUACAGUUAUACUUCGAAGAGAAAAAGUUAUUUCCUAAAUAUGUGAGGCUUUACGCCCAUCAGAUAAUGUGCGGACGGCCGAAGAAGCAUGUCCUACGCGAAAAACCUAUCCCCCUCAAAUGGCACAUAGAAGCCAUGCAAUGUGUAUUCGAACCUUUCUUACCACCACUACGUUUGAGCAUAUAUGUCGCUUCGCAGAAGUACAAGACUCUCACAGACAAGUCAUGUGACUACUAUGAAUACAAGAUAGAGAGGGUACCGUCAAAAACGUACGCCAGAUGGAUUGAGGAUAAUAAUACCCUUUCAAAAAUAUUUAAAUUUCCAUCUUGCAAUGAAUUUAUACCGACGGAUAUUAACAUAAAGGAAACAGAUGAGGCAGAAAAGCAUAUCAGAAUCAUCAAAAAAACGAAGUUAUUAACAUUUUGGCACAAGAAAGAUGACGAGUUCAAGGAGCCAAAGGCUACUAUGAUAUUUCAUUUUAUCAAUCCAGUUGUCUAUGUGGAUACCAUAAACGCUAAUCUCGCAUUGAUGUUUAUCCGGAUUAUUAAUGAAUCUCUCAGUGAGUGUGCAUACGCCGCUGCUUUAGUUGGUUUGCACUGGGAGUUUUCUACCACCAACAAAGGAAUACAACUUAAGAUACAUGGUUUUGACAAUAAACUGCCCAACCUGGUGGAAAAGAUAUUCGACCAAAUAAUAAACUUCGAAGUAGAAAUAAACAAAUUUGAAGCCCAUAGGCAAAAUAAUAUAGAUAUCAACAAGAAGGAACUUCAAGAAUUCCAAGAAAGUUCGCCUCAUCGACAGGUACAACAUUAUCUUUCGGUUAUAUUAAGCAAUAACAUGUGGCAGAGGGAAGAUAUAUUAAAAUCAAGUUCUGGUAAGUACAGAAAAGAAGAUUGAUUAAUACCAUACAUACAUUUUUCUUUAAUAAAAAAGACGUUGUACUUAUAAUGAUAAUAAUCUUCUGUUUAAGAAAAAUGCUUUCUCUUGUAACUUUUUUUUAAACAUUUGAUUGCAUUACUUCAUUUAUGAGCAACAUAAAAGUAAUUAAGAAGAAUUAGAAAUGUAACAAAAUUUAAAGUACAAGCACUUUUUACAAGUUGUUACAAAUAACAUCAACAUGAGAAC